GCAGCGUUGCCAGUGGCAGGCAGUCCUUUCGGUGAAGAGUUUACCGUUUCGUUCUCUCGUUGCUGUCAUCGCCGCAGCCGUUGGGGCUGUCUUUUGGUUGUCGUUGCCGUCGUCGCUGCUCCUCUAUUGUCAUUUGUCGACACAGACAAAACCAUUGACAUCGCCAUCGCCAUAGCCAUAGCCAUUGCCUCUUCUUAUCCGUUAUUUCGCUAGGGCUCCUUCUGCGAAAAUGGCAAGAAAGAAAUUUGGAACGCGAACGUGAAUGGUUUUUUGUGUGUGUUUUGCAACUUUUGACCCCGUGCGCGCAAUCAGGUCAUAAAAAUUGUUAACUCUGAAAGAAUAAAACGUGGAGCCAUGGCCAUGCCCAUGCCCACUCUCUGUUGACUCCGGUUUUUACCUGCACGUGGCACGGAUAGUGUGUGAAAGCUGGGGAGAGAGAGAGACACCGAAAACAAAACAAAGCAAAAAAAGUGAAAAAGGAGAAAAGAAGCAACCAAAAACUGUCCGUCCAGCAUUCUUUUUUUAAAUGUACAUAGAAAAAAUAAAACAAGUGAACCAAAUGCCAGGCUAAGAAGAAUCAGUGGAACCACAUCAGCAGCACCAAGAGCUGUGCAGAGUGAGACCUCCACAAAAUUGGCCAUUGGCAGGCCACGGACGGAACACAAGACACGCACACACACACAAAAACACAUUUUAACAUACACAACUCACACUUAUACAAGAAACAAGCUUAGCCUUUUGCCGCAGUCAUAAAAUAAUCAAGCCGAGGCAGCAGCAGCAGAGCACAGCUAAAUCAAGCCAGAGAAAGAGGACGUGAACGUGGACAAAGGGUAGAAAGAGGAGGAACUGCAGCAUCAUCGUGUGUUGAUGUUGACGAAACAUCUCCGUUGGGACGCAUAAAGCAAUUAGUAAAGGUUGAAUCCCGUACGCACACUAGAACAUAGGAAACGUGUGCAUACAUACGCACUGCCACAGUGAGUGAAAGGAAAAGAGUAAGAGUACUGCGGGGGAAAAAGGAAGAACGGCACGGAUCCAGGAUGCGUGGGGGAGCCAAAGGAGCCACGCGCCCCCCACAGGAGUAUUUAGCCUAAUCGAGUGAUGCGCAGCACAGAAAUGCAGGGCGCCGCCGCCUUCAGCCUGCCUUAUUGCAGAUGCCAGAGAUGUCCAAGAUAACGGGGAAACAGAAGCAGCAGCAGCAGAGCAAGAAAAAGAAGAGAAGGACAGCAACAACAACAACAGGAAGAACAACAAGAAAAGGAGGAGGAAGGACACGACACACAAACAGCAGAAAGCGAGAAACGAAAAUCGAACUCUCCCUGUGAUAUAACUUGCACCGUACUCGUAAUUCUAGCUAGUAGCUCAUCGUUAUUUAUCGAUUAAUUACUUAAUUAAUCUAAGCGCAACUUUAACCUAAGUACAAGAUUAAUCUCACUCCAUAAUCGCCUAAAGCACGCCCCAGGAUAACCUACUUGCAACUAUACAGAUAACACUUCUAUUACAAUACCACUGCUGCCCCUCUGCCCAAAACCAAUACCCAAACACAAACAUUUGGAAUACUUGCUGCCGCUCUGCUCCGCCGCCGCCACCGUAGCCGCCGCCAGACCUGCGCCAAUUGAGAAACUAAAACCAGGCUUUAUCGAAAGCUAAAUCUGAAAAAAACUCCCAACAGGGGUGAGUGAGUGAAAAAGAGACCAAAAUCAAAUUUCAACACCAACAUAAUGGGAGAUGAGGCUGACAAACGUACGGGCAAGGAGAAACUGCUCUUCUACACGACUGCCUUCUUCAUCCUCCUAGGCACGUUCAGCCUGUUCGCCUUCCUCUUUCUGGUGCCGUUCGUUAUCGAGCCGGCCUUCACCACAAUCUUUAUGCAGUUCGAGGAGGUGCCCGCUUUGUGCGAGACUUACGACACGGAGAUCUUCUAUGGCGCCAAGAACUGCUCGUGGUCGUCUUGCCGCGAAGGCUGCACCAAGGACAUCUACACGUGCACCCAAAUAAGGGUCAACUAUCGCCUCAAUCUGUACAACUUCACGGACGAGUUUAACUUCACGGAGUACCACAUCGUCCUGAAGGAGUCGGAGCGCGUUCUGCCGCCCGUGAAGCGCACGGAUCGCUAUGAGCGAGCGUUGCGGGACUACGAGUACGAUAAUCUGGGCGGUGGCAUCGAUGGCACCGCCCUGGACAUCGACAUGGGAGGCGGCGGGAGGCUGGAUCAGUUGAGCUUCGGCGAUGCAGACGGCUCCAAUGGUUUUCUGAUUGAGGACUCGGACGAUGCGCGGGGCCUAAGUGCCACGGGCACCUUGAUGAACGAGGAGCGCCAUCCGUUCGAUGAGAUCUCCGAGUUGAAUGAGGGUCUGAUGGGCAACAGGUCCAUGUACUACUAUGUGGGCGCUCGUCUCUUUCCCAACGUCAAGGGCUGCGGGUAUCCGCCCAUGUUGAACUGCACCAUCUGGCUGAAGCGAUACACGAAGAUCGGAAUGAAGUUCCCCUGCUACUACUCGAGAGUGGAUCCCAGUCUGGUGAUCAGUGACCUGGACUACUGGCAGAACACCCUCAAUCUGGUGUACUCCAUGGCCAUUCCCAUUCCCUCGUUCAUAAUUUCGGUUAUCUACUUGACGUACGCCUACUUCAAGAUCUACAAUGAGGACGAGGAGACGGCGCCGCUCGAUAAAAAUGCCGAAGACAUGGACAUUGAUGACAUCGAUGCCGUCGACGACAGUGACGGUGCCGUUCUGGCCGACAAUGUCGCUGGCAGCCAAAUCAUCAACAUGGACUCCACCACCAAUGACAGUUGUCUGGAGGGUGUCCUGCCCAAUGGUGGUCCCGGCAUGACCACAUCCAUAUCGCAGGGUGGUUCGGUCACCACACCAGGUCCAUAUAUCGCACAAUCUCCGGUGGGCUCCCAGAUGACGCCUAAUUCGGAGAUGAACUCGUUCGGUCAUCAACUGAAAGUUCAGAUGGCUGACGAGCUGUCCAGGGAUUCCCUGGAGAAUGGUGUUAUCUCAACAUCAAACUCAGUUCAAGGAAACUUGAGCAAGACGAUGACGACGAGUAUCUCAACUCCACCUGGGCCGACAGCGGCAGUCUGAAACGUCAGGCGCAUGGUCUGGAAAAUGUUAGAUUCCGAUUCGGAAAAUGAACCGCUGCUGGAAUCCUAAAAACAGUAUUGCGGGCACCGUGGAGCAAAACCCCUAGAGGAUGUUCCACGAGCAAACAGAAGACGGAGCAGAGUAUUUCCCCAAAAAAGUAUUUCUACCCAAAAACCAAAAAGAGAAAACAAUCGACAACAACGCAUGUGUAUGCGACCGAACCUGAAUACCUUCAGAGCUGUUAGAGACAUCUAAAAGAACUAUGAUAGAUUAUAUUUACCGUAUAAACAACAAAAAUACUUGAACACACCACACACACUCUAGGAACACACUCAUCUGAAGUAACUUUGGAUAGGCUUAACGACACACCCCACACCCACACCCACACCACACAUCCCAUUCAAAAUUGCAAUACAUGCAUUAUGUAGUAUCUGCACACGAUAUGAUAUCCGAAAUAUAACGCAGGCAGAUAUGUAUACUAUACGGAUGAGGAGGCCGACCGCUUCACGCAAGGACCCACUCACUGGACAGUGUGUGUUACUUUAAUUGGUACAAAAUACAAUAACAAAAUAAAACAGCAAAACAGAACAUGAACAGGAGGAGAAGAAGAAGUACUAUAUACUUACCUAGAGGAAAUUAUAAUACUUAUACAACACAUACAUAUACAUAUAUACAAAUAUUUACUUGACUUAUUUUUCUAUUCGCAACAAUCGUCGUUUCGUGCCGCAGUCGUCGUCUCGCGGAAGAACUCCAAUAGCCCAACAAUGACCCCGAAUAUAUCGCCCCAUAUAUUCCCAUACCCAACACACAUCCCAUAUGCUCCAAAAAGAGCAAAACAAAACGCGCAACUUAUUUACAAAUCGAUAAAUCGAGGCGCUGAGGUUUUUUAAAUAUUGUAAUGCCAAUUCAAAACGAAACACAUACACACACACCAACACGACACGCAAAAGAGAAAGCAAAAACUAAAUUGAUGAUGCAUCAUGUAUUUCAUUUAAAUCUUGAUGAUAAAGGAAAACGAAAGCAAAUGCAAAAGCAAAAGAAAGUGAAGAGAUGAGAUUGCCUAUAUUUGAAGUAAAUUAAAUUAAAUUAAAUUAUAAAUCAAAUAAUAAUUGUUAUCCUUCAAAUUAAAUGCGGAUAAAAACUCACAGCUUUAACUAACUGAAACGGAGGCAUAAGAUUUUUCUUCUACAUAUUUAUUUUAUUAAGAUUAAUUAUAUAAAUGAUAAUGAAUAUUUAUAGGUCCUACAAAUGGUUCAAGCUAUUCAAUUACAAAACAAACUUACAAAUAAAAUAUUGCAUUAAAAUCUUAAUAAUUUAGGUCUGAAAUUAAAUAUAAAGUAAUGUUUCCUUUUUAUAUUAACAAAAAAAAACCAAAACCAAAUCGAACAUUUCUAAACUCGAAUGCGUAAAUUCGUUGCCUAGGCAUAUAGUCGCAUCUGAAUCUGCGUCUGCAUCUGCAUCAGCAUCAUUAACUGCACUUUUGCGUAUAAAUCUAUCAAUGAUAAGCGGCAAC